AUGGCCUGCCUCCAUGAGACCCGUACGCCCUCCCCUUCCUUCGGGGGUUUCGUGUCCACCCUAAGCGAGGCGUCAAUGCGCAAGCUCGACCCGGACACUUCCGACUGCACCCCGGAGAAGGACCUGACGCCUACCCAGUGUGUACUUCGAGAUGUGGUGCCGCUCAGUGGGCAGGGUGGGGGCGGCCCCAGCCCCUCCCCAGGUGGAGAGCCGCCCCCUGAGCCUUUUGCCAAUAGUGUCCUGCAGUUGCACGAGCAGGAUGCGGGGGGCCCCGGGGGAGCCACGGGGUCGCCUGAGAGCCGCGCGUCCCGCGCCCGAGCCGACGAGGUGCGGCUGCAGUGUCAGAGCGGCAGCGGCUUCCUGGAGGGGCUCUUCGGCUGCCUGCGCCCCGUCUGGACCAUGAUCGGCAAAGCCUACUCCACAGAGCACAAACAGCAGCAGGAAGACCUUUGGGAGGUCCCCUUUGAGGAGAUCCUGGACCUGCAGUGGGUGGGCUCAGGGGCCCAGGGCGCUGUCUUCCUGGGGCGCUUCCACGGGGAGGAGGUGGCUGUGAAGAAGGUACGGGACCUGAAGGAGACGGACAUCAAGCACCUGCGGAAGCUGAAGCACCCCAACAUCAUCACCUUCAAGGGCGUGUGCACCCAGGCUCCCUGCUACUGCAUCCUCAUGGAGUUCUGCGCCCAGGGCCAGCUGUAUGAGGUACUGCGGGCUGGCCGCCCUGUCACCCCCUCAUUGCUGGUUGACUGGUCCAUGGGCAUCGCCGGUGGCAUGAACUACCUGCACCUGCACAAGAUUAUCCAUAGAGACCUCAAGUCCCCCAACAUGCUAAUCACGUACGACGAUGUGGUGAAGAUCUCCGAUUUUGGCACUUCCAAGGAGCUGAGUGACAAGAGCACCAAGAUGUCCUUUGCAGGGACGGUAGCCUGGAUGGCCCCUGAGGUGAUCCGCAACGAGCCCGUGUCCGAGAAGGUCGACAUCUGGUCCUUUGGUGUGGUGCUAUGGGAACUGCUGACUGGUGAGAUCCCCUACAAAGACGUAGACUCCUCAGCCAUCAUCUGGGGUGUGGGAAGCAACAGUCUCCAUCUGCCUGUGCCCUCCAGCUGCCCAGACGGCUUCAAAAUCCUGCUUCGCCAGUGUUGGAACAGCAAACCAAGAAAUCGUCCGUCGUUCCGCCAGAUCCUGCUGCACCUGGACAUCGCCUCGGCCGACGUCCUCUCCACGCCCCAGGAGACUUACUUUAAGUCCCAGGCAGAGUGGCGUGAAGAGGUAAAGCUGCACUUUGAAAAAAUUAAGUCAGAAGGGACCUGUCUGCACCGCCUAGAAGAGGAGCUGGUGAUGCGGAGGAGGGAGGAGCUCAGACACGCCUUGGACAUCAGGGAGCACUAUGAACGGAAGCUGGAGAGAGCCAACAACUUGUACAUGGAACUUAAUGCCCUCAUGUUGCAGCUGGAGCUCAAGGAGCGGGAGCUGCUCAGGAGAGAACAAGCUUUAGAGCGGAGAUGCCCAGGUCUGCUUAAGUCACACCCUUCCCGAGGCCUCCUGCAUGGGAACACGAUGGAGAAGCUCAUCAAGAAGAGGAAUGUCCCACAGAAACUGUCACCCCACAGUAAAAGGCCAGAUAUUCUCAAGACUGAAUCUUUGCUACCUAAACUUGAUGCUGCCCUGAGUGGGGUGGGGCUUCCCGGGUGUCCUAAGGGCCCCCCCUCACCAGGACGGAGUCGUCGUGGCAAGACUCGUCACCGCAAGGCCAGCGCCAAGGGCAGCUGUGGAGACCUGCCUGGGCUUCGUGCAGCUUUGCCACCCCAUGAACCUGGGGGACUAGGAAGCCCAGGGGGGCUAGGAGGGGGACCCUCAGCCUGGGAAGCCUGCCCUCCGGCCCUGCGUGGGCUCCACCAUGACCUCCUGCUCCGAAAGAUGUCUUCAUCGUCCCCGGAUCUGCUGUCAGCAGCACUGGGAACCCGGGGCCGCGGGGCCACAGGGGGAGCUGGGGAUCCUGGCUCACCGCCUCCAGCCCGGGGAGACACCCCGCCAAGUGAGGGCUCAGCACCUGGCUCCACCAGCCCAGAUUCACCUGGGGGAGCCAAAGGGGAGCCACCUCCACCAGCAGGGCCUGGUGACAUUGUGGGGCUGCUGGGAACUGGAAGGGAAGGGACGGCGGGACGGGGAGGAAGCCGGGCUGGGUCCCAGCACUUGACCCCAGCCGCGCUGCUGUACAGGGCUGCCGUCACCCGGAGCCAGAAACGUGGCAUCUCAUCAGAGGAAGAGGAAGGAGAGGUGGACAGUGAGGUAGAGCUGCCCUCAAGCCAGAGGUGGCCUCAAGGCCUGAACAUGCGCCAGUCACUGUCCACCUUCAGCUCAGAGAAUCCAUCUGAUGGGGAGGAGGGCACGGCCAGUGAGCCCUCCCCCAGUGGCACACCUGAAGUUGGCAGUACCAACACCGACGAGCGGCCAGAUGAGCGGUCCGAUGACAUGUGUUCCCAGGGCUCAGAAAUCCCACUGGACCCACCUGCAUCAGAGGUGGUUCCUGGCCCCGAACCCAGCUCCCAACCCAUCCCACACCAGGACCUACCCAGAGGGGAGCAGGACCCUCCCAAUAACGAGGACUCAGACUGUGACAGCACUGAACUGGACAACUCCAACAGUGGUGAAGCCUUGCAGCCUCCAGCCUCCCUCCCUCCAUGAAAGCCACUCUUAUUCCUGUACAUAGAGAAAUUAUUUAUAUAAAUAAUAUAUAAGCGCCACAUAAUCAACAGA